AUGGCCACUGAUCACGAAGAAGAGAAGGACAUAAAUGAAAUAUUUGACUCGAUAGUUAUGCUGGAACAAAAGGUCGCAUCUGAUGGAUACCGAGAAGGCUACGAAAAAGGCCAGCAAGAUGGAACUGAAGAAGGCUACCGUCUGGGACAUCAGCAUGGCAUGAUAUUGGGUACUGAGCUUGGCUUCUACAGAGGAAUCGCAACUGCAAUGGUCAAAACUUCAACAGAAUCAAAAGGUGUUGACGCCAUGAAAAAUGUGAUUGAUUUGCUGGACAAUUUUCCUGUGGUAGUUACCAAGGACAUGGACAUAAAUGAAGAAGUUAACAAAGUUAGAUCAGCUUAUCGGAAGGCGUGCUCACUGCUGAAAAUAGACUUCAUGUCACCAUUGUCAACGUCACUUACAUUCUAA